AUGGGCUUGGAAUGGCCUGCUGCCGCUCAAAAGCUAACCCUGGAGGUCAUCAUCCAGCUGAUUGAGUUCGGCAAAAUAGAUGCUGUUGCGAGGUUGUCAACCACAGGCCGUGCUGGAAAGGCAGCCGUUAAGUGUGUGCUCUCGUCCGAAAGAGUCGCUGCAAUCACGACUUGGCGAGACGUCAUUUGGUCCGCACAGCUCCCAGUCCUGCAGCGGGCCGUUGAGGCCGCUGUUGCACCUCCCCUCCCUCCGGCAGCGCGGGUCGCUAUUCUGGAUGCCUUUGGUGAGGUAGCUUAUCGUCGCAACUUAUGCCCUUGGCGAGUGCGUGCCAUUUGCUUCACACGAGCAGGUAGGGCCGUGGGUGAGGAGCCUCGGCGGGCCAUGGUACGCUUUGACUUCCGAUGCCCUCGCAGGCAUGGAUUGCUGCAGCCAGUUCGAGGGGUUCCGGCAGCUUACAGAUUGCGGAGCAGCACCGACGAUCUCAUGUUGCUGUGCAGCCACUGUGGCCGAGAUCAGAUUGAGGAGGACGAGAUGAUUUUACAUUGUCCGCGGUUCGGUUGCUGCUAUGACCUUUGCCUGAGCUGCGCAGAAGCACUGGUGACUCACCGCCGCAGCGACAAAGAUGAGCAGCGCAGUCGAAGCACAGCCAUGCAGUCAAGCGACAGAGAAAAGCGCAUGCUUUCUGACCGAAGCCUGACAUGCGGAGCCAGUCUGAGUGGCAGCACAAGGAUCUGCAUCAUUGAUUCGGAGGCUUGUUUUAAAUGUUUGGUAGCGUAUAGGCAGGUGCCGGGAAACCACGCCAAGGUUUGCAAUUGGAUCGUAAUUGAUCGUUGUCAAAAAAGUGUUGCUUGCGGAAGCACUCCCUUCACGUGCUCCGUUUUGAAGUCGGCGGACAUUGUAAGCUUCUGCGACGUCGGCUGA